GACUAGUUCUGUUGUUCUUCGAAUUAUAUGAGUACAUGUGCUACUCGUUUCUCUUCGUCCUUCCGUCUGGAGAUCCAUCCACCAGGGGCUGUUUUAACCAAAGUAUUGAUAAACACAAGCCAGGCUUUCCAUUUCUCGGUGAGCUUGUCGGUCUGUCUUUCGUACAAGUUGACUUUGAAUACCCAAUCCAAAUGGGCAAGAGAUAUAUGGUCGGGAUAUGGCAGCUUCAAAGCAGCUUAGUCCAUGGCAUCUAGACGCCCUGUUACUUGUUUCAAGCUUACUCUGACUUCUGGCAACACCGCCGCAGCGCCGCUUGAUGAGUUCCUGUAAUCAUUUCGGCACAGCCGGCCACAUCCUAUGAGGGAUGAUUUUCUUCAGGGAUUUAACUUCCCUGCGUUUGGGUUUGGUAUAUCUGCCGUACGCUCACAGCCAGUUAACCCGAUGUCAGGAUGUUGUCCCCUCCUAUGCAAUAUCUAGACCUGCCAUUGACCGACGAUCGAUGCUCUAUGUCGUUUACUCAUUCGUCCUUGUCUCGUAGCACCAUUCCAGGACCUGGCGUGACCACUGGUAAAUUCCUUAUGGCAGUUGGUGGGCUAGUUCGCAAAGGCAUUGAGGCCUUUGCCAUCCAACGUCGACUCACUACCAUCAGUUCUCAGCUGAGACCGGGACACACGCAAGCGGCCGAUGAACACAUAUGUGGGGACCUACUCGAGUUCGCGAGACGCGACUUGUACUCUACUCGCAUAAAGGCCAAGGCUUGGAGUCUGAUUCUACUGAUUAUUCUUGAAGGAAAUACGACAGAUCUUGUGCACUACCUUCUAAAGUGGGAUGAGGCUGAUAUGUUCCUGAUGGACAUAUUGAAAUAUAUGCCAUCUGGCUGGAUUCAUCCCAGACGAGACAGUAGAUAUUCGCUGGAAGUCAACAAGAGCCUGCGUCACUUACAACAGCGCGAUUCAAGCUUGGCUUUCCGAGUCAUACGGUUCUUUACGCAGUUGACCGAGGCAGAACAAAUGAUCAUCAAGACAGACGAAGAAGCAAUAGAGGAGGCUGACGCAAUUUCGUUCUCGCCCUUUGUCAGUGCUUCUGGCAAGAUGGACUUGGGUCCUGGAGUAUAUCUCCAGGGAAUGUCUAUUCAAAGGGAAAGACUGUCUCUAUCGAGGUUGAUCAAGUCUAUCAUAUGUGCAAGGCUGAAUACCAUUUCGUCCAUCCUCCCGCUCGAGAUGGGCUCCUCCGCCCCCACUAAACAAAUCAUCAACUUGCACGCAGAAGUUCUUGAAGUUUUCCGAGUUACCAUGUAUGACAAAUGUGUACAGCGCCAGACAUGCGAGCUGCUCUUCAUCUCCAUUAGUCGAUUCCACGCCGUCUCCCUGGUCCGUGUUCUUGUGACGUGGUCUAGACGUGAUCUUCGGCUCUUCAUCAUACACAUUAUGCGUUGGUUGCAGCCAUUCGUACAGAAAGGCUGCCCACCGGACUCCAGUCUACCAAAAGCAUAUCGGGCAUACCUGGCCAAUCAUGUUAAUGGUCAGCACCCGGUAGUUCCUUUUCUCUAUUUCCUUACGCAGUUGUGUCGCGCAAGCCCUGUCGCGGCAUCCUUAUGUUUGGACGUCGAUCUCAUAAAACUCCUCAAAUGCAUGUGUCUCAAUGACUUUCCAAACCCUGCUACUUAUACGAACACUUCUGUUCGCGUGAAUAGGACGGCUAUCUCUGAUGUCCACGCUGUGAGCAGUAUGCUUCUUGCCGCCUUGUCGACGCACCCUCAAUCAUGUAUCCGCCUCCUACGGAGUCGAGACGUUCCUCGCUGGUUCCUUAGUUUGUAUUAUUCGCCAGAUUUCCUGGGCUUACCGGACGCUCCGUUGUUGCAGAGCAUCUGGUUAGAUAUGGAUGUAUCUAUCCUCAAAUUCAUUCUCGUGGCAAUGGAGUACGUGCUCAAAGGGAACAAACAUGUCUCUCCUCAAGAAGCGGAUUACUUACCCCUGGAGUCGAUAUACAGAGAUAUUGUGACUAUCUUACGGGAAAACAACGCCGAACCGGAUAUCAUGUACAGCGCCUCCGACUCUUUCUUAAGAUGCAUCGCUAUUGGGGGCGAAUUUCGCCGACUCAUGGACGUCGUGCUUGCCGAGAGUCGUUCGGAAGAAACUCUUUCCAUAAUACUUACUGUGCUCAAGAGCCUUGGUUUAUACACCUUCCUCCCAACCGCACUUUCUCCUCUGCCGCUAUCCGAGCAAAGACGCCCUCUGCAUGACAUAAGGCGCUAUAUGAAUCGCCUUGCGCGGUUCUACGCGGAUGAGCUGAGAUCAUAUACUAUCCUUGUCGCUGAGUUAACAGGCUCUCAAGCUUGCAACGCCCGCUAUAUGCUCAUCGACGCCUACCAAAAUAACCAGCGCUGGCUUUCUACAGAUGCACAUUCGACGACUUCUUCCAGCAGCUCCCAGGAUGCUUUGGGUCACUCCUAUCCCAUGCAAAUCUCUUCUGAGCAGAAUGUUACGAUUGACCAGGAAGAAUAGAAAUGUCAUACAAUAGCAUACAAUAGUAAUGACGCUAUUAAUGUAGUCAGGUUUACAGAAUAUGAACGAUAAUCAGGAC